AUGUACGAGCUCUCCGACGCACAGUAUGGCAAGGACAACGUUCGCCUAUACAAAGUCCAUCGCAAUGCAACGACAGGUGUUCAAACAGUGUACGAACUGACAGUUUGCGUCUUGCUGGAGGGAGACAUCGAAACUUCUUAUACCAAAGAGGACAACAGCGUGCUUGUUACCACUGAUGCGAUCAAAAACACAGUUUACAUCGUCGCGAAGCAAUACCCUGUGGACCCUCCAGAGCUGUUUGGCUCCAUCCUUGGAAAGCAUUUCAUUACUAAAUACAGUCAUAUUCAUUCUGCCCAUAUUGAUCUCACCUGCCAUUCUUGGGAGCGAAUGGCCAUUGACAACAAGCCACACCCACACUCGUUCUUUCAGGAUGGGAGCGUGAAACGGCAUGUUAAUGUGGAUGUGCUCAAGAAAUCUGGAUUCAAUAUCACGUCUUCAAUUUCUGGUUUAAGUGUCUUGAAAAGUACCAAAUCAGAAUUCUGGGGCUAUAUUAAGGAUGAGUACACGACACUACCGGAGACAUGGGACCGCAUCCUGAGUAGUGAUGUUGACAUCAAAUGGAAAUGGAAACACUUCACCGAUUUGUCCGAUGUUGAAUCUCAUGCUUCCCAUUUCGACAGCGGAUUCGCAUUUGCGAAGGACGCAACCUUCAGGAUUUUUGCUGAGGACAACAGCAUGAGUGCCCAGGGUACUUUAUACAAAAUGGCUGAGCAAUUCUUGAAAAGUGUUCCUUUGGCAGAAAAUGUCCAGUAUUCUUGGCCCAAUAAGCACUACGUUGAGAUAGAUCUGAGCUGGCAUAAUGGAAUUCAAAAUACCAAUACGGAUGCCGAGGUGUACUUGCCACAAUCUGCACCGAAUGGCCUGAUCAAAGGGACUUUGACGCGUUCAGCGCUUCGGAAUUCCAAAACAGCAAAGCUAUGA